GUCUGUGGUUUUGGCAACCGGACACCGCAGACUGAUUUGCAUGCAGGGUAAGCUGACACACUCUGACUUCUCUCCCCUUCGGUACAGACAGCCAUCUUUUCUCGCUCCCCAAAAACGCUCCUAAAAAUGGUCCUCAUGGCUGCGAUCCUCGCUGCCGUCGUGCAGGUACUGGCGGGACUCUCUGCGGAGGAAGUUCAGGUCGAGGUGACGUUCACGCCGGAGAGAUGCACGUUCAAGUCCGAGGAGGGCUUCUUCCUGAGGUACCACUACAACGGGACGUUUCCAGACGGCAAGAAGUUCGACUCCAGUCACGACCGCGGCAACACCUUCGACUUCACCCUGGGCAAGGGGGAGGUCAUCAAGGGGAUGGACCAGGCACUGAGGGGGAUGUGUGCUGGGGAGAAGAGGAAGAUCACCAUCCCUCCCCAUCUGGCAUACGGAGAUGCUGGAGUUGAGGGAGUGAUCCCGUCUGGAGCGACCCUGGUGUUUGAGGUGGAGAUGGUAGAGGUGCGGGACCCGAGCGAGGACGUGCCCAACGUGCUGUUCUGGUGGGUCGGGGAAACUCCCACCGACGCUUUCGGGGACAUGGAUGCCAACAAGGACAAGAUCGUCACCAAAGACGAGUUUUCCACGUACUGCUACGAACAAGUGAAGACGGGAUCUGGUAAUUUCCUGGCUGGGCGCCGAGAGGCUGACCUCAUCGAAGACAUGUUCCACUUCCAGGACCAAGAUGCCGACGGUGUCAUCUCCUUCGCAGAGUUCUCCGGCCCAAAACAACAUGACGAGCUCUAUUUCCCCAAAAUGGUGUCCAGUGUUGUCAUCCUUGCCGUCGCCUUACAAAUCCUAGCAGCUCUAGCUGUGGACGAUACCGGGGAAGUGGAGAUCGAGGUGACUUUUAAGCCCAAGCGGUGCAUUUUUGUGUCCCGGGACGGCUUCUUCCUGAGGUACCACUACAACGGCACCUUCCCAGAUGGCGAGAAGUUCGACUCCAGUCAUGACCGCGACAACACCUUUGACUUCAUCCUUGGGCGAGGAGAAGUUAUCAAGGGGAUGGACCAGGGUCUGAAGGGGAUGUGUGCUGGGGAGAAGAGGAAGAUCACCAUCCCUCCCCAUCUGGCGUACGGGGAUAAAGGCGUCGAGGGAGCCAUCCCUCCCGGCGCCACGCUGGUGUUUGAGGUGGAGUUGAUAGAACUGCUCGACCCGAUGGACGACGUGCCCAAAAACUUGUUCUGGUGGGUCGGAGAGACGCCCCAAAACUCCUUCGGCGACUCAGACACGAACAGGGACAAGAAGAUCUCCAAAGAAGAGUUUGCCAACUAUUGUCACAGAAUGGCCGACAGCGACAAAGGCAUCUUCCUACCCGGCCGGAGAGAACAGGACCUUAUAGACGACAUGUUCUCCUUCCAGGACAGGGACGCCGAUGGUUUCAUCUCCUUUGACGAAUUUGCCGGCCCAAAAAUUCACGACAAACACGACGAACUCUGAAGAUGUACAGUUCAUCACUGCUUUUAUGUUGUCUACGACUAGGGUUUGAAGGGAAAGAGCUUUUAGUCGUUUUGAGUACAUUGGUGUACUUAUACAAUUGCUUUGAAAACUACUGCAGAACACGGUUGAAUUCGUUGUAUUAGAUUUACGGUUACAUGACUGAGUAACCGUAACU